AACAUGGGAAAAAGGUUUCGUGGGUGCCCUAAGUUGGUGAAACCUUGCAAGUACUUCCAUUUUCUUCUUGGUGAAGAGACAAUCGAGGGCAGACCAAGGGAGUUGCUUUUAAUAUUAAAAGACAGGGAACAGAAGCUGAAGAGAGAGAAUGAGAAAUUAAGUAAGGAAAAUACUGAUUUGGUGCAAGAAAAUGGGAAUUUGAAGAAUGAGAAUGAUAUUUUGAAGAACGAAAAUCAGACUUUGAAGAAUGAUAAUGGGUAUUUGGCAAAUCAGUGUGAAUUAUGGAUGAAGAAGAUGAAGACAGCUGAGAAGAAAUUGAAAAAGUUGGAUAAGGAUUACCGGACAUCAAAUAAAGUCAACCACAUAAUGUGUGUGGUUUUUGUUGUGUUCGUGGCUGUACUUGUCAUAUUAGUUGUUGUUGAAAUGCAAUGCAUUCCAUUUCUAGGUGGAGGUGCCAUUGGUGCAGGUACUGUAGGUGCUAUUGGUGCAGGUGCUAUUGGUGCAGGUGCUGUUGGUGCAGGUGCUGUUGGUGCAGGCGUUAGAGUUGCAGCGGGGAUUCCUCUAUCUCCAACUCCUGUAGCCCUCUUUUGAGCAUAUCCAAACGACAAAAUUCUUUCACUUCUAUGUCCAGGCUAUAAUAAACAUUAAUUACAUUA